AUGAUUCAGUGUGCUAUAAACUUUGACGAGAAUCCUUGGAAAAUAUUUUACAGUGGUUCAAUUAUUAAAGGAGCUGUUGAAAUUUCAGUGGAUAAACCAACUGAUAUACAAAGUAUUGUAUUAAUAAUAAGUGGAUAUGGUUUUGUUGAAUGGUUUGACUUCAAGAGUAAUCUAAGUUAUAGUGCUAAAAAUAAUUAUAUAAAUUCAACUAAUUUUUUACAUGGAUCACAAAAUGGAAAUGCUGUAACAAUUAAUACCGGUACUCAUGUGUAUAAAUUUACAUGUAGUCUCCCAUCAGAGUUACCAUCAUCAGUUGAAGGAGUUUAUGGUCGAAUUCGUUACUCUGCUAAAGUUGUUUUUAAUCGCCCUUUGAAAUUUAACAAAAUAUUCACAACUGGAAUCACUGUCAUUAAAGUUACUGAUCUUAAUAACGAAAAUCCUCAAAUUAAGCUACCAUCAACUUUGGAAACUCAAGAAAAAUUUUGGUGUUUUUGUUGUACAAGUCAACCAUUCAUAAUUGAAGCAACUAUACCAAAAUCUGGAUAUGUAUGUGGUGAAUGUAUACCAAUUAAAUUUAAUAUAAAUAAUAUGACCGUGCCACCAGUUCCACCCACAUUUAAUGAAGAAAUUUGUCAAAUUAUUCAGGUUAAUUACGAAGUGCAUGUGAAAGCGAUUUUAAAUGGACCAAACGUUAUUCCAAUUGUUAAAAUUCCAAUAAUUAUUGGAAAUGUUCCUCUAAAAUGA